AUGAGGUUCAAGAAACAGAAGCGCCAUCGCAAAAUUGUGAGGUUUUAUAAAGCUUGUUUUGGAUUCCGGGAGCCAUUCAAGUUAUUGAAGGUACCUGGAGUUCCUGUAGUAUUUGGCUUGCGAAAUGCCUUGCUCUUAGAAACUCCUUCUGUUUCUCAACGCCAGUUUGUGAAGUUCACUGAGGAGGACCGUUCACACAUGUCUGAGCUAGAAUUUAAAAUGUUAAAGAAAAUAGAGAAGGGAAUGGACGAAGAUGAAAAUGAACCCCAAAAUGUUGAGACUGCAAUGUUAUCGAAUGUGAAAGGAGGAGGAAAAGGAAUAGAAGAGAAGGAUAAAGCUCAGUUUAAGAGAAAGAAACCAAAGGGUCCAAAUCCUCUUUCAUGCAAGAAGAGAAGACACGCAGAAGCACCACAUUCAGGUCCUACAAGAGUGAAUGAUGAUAGUAAUAACAACAUGACAAGAUCAAGGAGCAAAAAAAAGAACAAAAACAAAGAGCCUGCAAGCACGAGCACUUAG